AUGGCGCAGGCCGACGAGAGCGACGCUCAACCCGAGCCUGAUAGCAGACCAAAGGCAGUCAAUAGCGCAAUCACCGAGCACUCAUCGCCAGCCCUCUCUCCGCAGGUCGAUACGAAAGCCGCCGACAUGGCUGCUCUGGCUGCCCGAGAUGGGCCUCUCAAACUGCUCGACCUUCCCGAAGACAUCCUCCAGAGCAUCUUGAAAGAAGUCACACAUACCAAUGACCUGACUGCGCUGGCUCUUACACACUCGACCUUACACAACCUGGUCAUUCCACACAUCUACUCACGAUUCGACAUCGUAUGGCCAGAAGUCAACUCUAACGUCGAGACCAGAGUCGGCGUAGAUGCGCUGACCUACGGGCUAGCUACUCUUGUCAUGGCCAACGAUGUCUUCGGAGAGCCCUCACAUCCACAUAGAGAGCCCGACAAGGCGAAGCGAGAUCCGCGAAGAAUCCGGCGAGGCAAUCACUUUGGUCAAUAUACCAAGAAGUUCAGUCUCGGCAAUGGACCCGCUGAAUGGGUCAGUGAAUAUCUCAUCACCAAAGAAGGAGGCAAAAUGCUGGGUACACUCGUCGCUUUGGCGAUAGGCAGGAUGCGAAAUCUCGAGACAUUCAUUUGGGAUAUGCCUACAGGCGUCCUGCGAGAUGUCUGGUUGGCGCUAGCUUCCCUGGGGACUCGAAGUGAUGGCGAAGGGUCGCGUCUGGAGAAAGUCUGGGUAAGAUGGCAUGAAAACACAGAAGGCAGUCCUCUUGCUUCGCCACCACCGCCCGCAGGCCCUGGUCAGCAACAGCCGCCCAACAUUCCUGCUAUUCUCGCAGGGACAGCUUCUGCGCUGUUCCAAGUCCCGCCAUACCCUCGCGUCGAAUUUCCGACAUUCUCAAUACUCCCACCUCUGAGGAGUUUGACCGUUCUCGACAUCGAUGAAGUAUCCUACAUCGAGGAAAUGAGCGUAUUGAUCGAGAACUCUUUACACGUACUUCGCGAGCUUCGUGUCGGCGUAGCCGAGCAUGCACAACAUGAGUCCUGGACGAUGCCUGCCGAGGAACGUCGCGUAAUGCCUCCCCAACUCAUGUUGGAUGGGCAUAACCCACGGCACAGGGGAGGAAUUCUGGGAAUACUGGUCCACAGAUUCGCCGAGCCCGCGCCUGCUACCAUGGCCGAGGAUGAACCUCCUGCCGAAGCAACAGCUUCGAAUGUGUCACUGCUGGAUCUGCAGCUACCAGCCAAUCAGGGAUCCAAGAGCGCCGUCGAAGACGCAGAUCAAGCCGACGUCGACGAGAUUGGUCGUUCUCUGGCCGAGCAACAUCUGGACGACUCGACCAUAGUGGAAACGCCGAGUAUACAUGUGUCAAAGCGCAAGAACAGGAGGACGGAUACCUUCGCCAGCAUUUCCAGCUCCAAGACGCAGGGUGACUCUGAGAAAGACGCGAUACCACCCAAGAAAAUGCAGCUUGACUCACUGGACCUCGAAAGAGUAUUCUUGUCGGUGUCUGCAUUAUCUCGUGGAAUAGACUGGACACGUCUGACAUCAAUCACACUUCUAGGCUGUCGGAAUCAUGAACAGUUUUGGAAAGAGCUUCGACGGAAAUUCGCACCUGCCUCUCGACCACGAUCGUCAUCGUCCGUGUCGAGGACGCUGUCCACAAGUCUUGGCGGCGUGUUGACUCCUCGCAACACCACGCCCUCGAGCAACAUCCCCCGAGAGGAGUACAGACUGAAGAUUACUCGGCUGCACACCGAUACGGUAUCCCAAGCCCUGAUAGCGUUCAUAAAAGAUGGUCUUGCACCCGAUAGCCUUGAAUGGCUCUUCCUGCAGGAUAGCGGUCUCUCAAGGUCUACGGUCAGUGUUGACACCAUCUACAAGGGCGCGAUUCGACGGCAUCGCAACAGCCUGCGAAAGCUUUUGAUUGACAGCGACUCUCGCAAAGAAGAGGAGCGAGGCACAAGCUGGCGUAAAUGGGUGCUCAACCGCGAGAUUCUUGGCUGCCUGACAAGUGGAAGGAUAAAGCUGCGCGAGCUUUCUUUGAGUAUCGACUACAAGGACUGGCAUUACUUCUUGCAACGUCUGCCGCAGCUCAAGACUCUCCGAGCUCUCCAUAUUGCUCAUACCUCGAACUUUGCUCAGCGGGAGCCGGUUUCGCGUGAGACAGCAUUACAAGUCUCGGACAUCGUGUCUCUUAGACCAGAACUCGAGCUUUGCUACUUAGGGGUUCACAAUUCAUGCUACGAGGUUCUGGAAUGCCCGGCACAACGCGGUGCUAGCCCGCAACGACUGAUGGUGGUCAAUCCGUCCCCUGAGCUCGAUAGCGACGACAAUGACGAUACAAUCGAGGAGGCAGACGAUGCCAGUCAACUUGACCUGGAGUUCAGUCAUGGGGAGGAAACCGAAGAUGAAGGCGUGUCUUCUGAGAAGGUCACAUUCAGGCUGCGAGAGAUUCUGUUCUACGAGGACAAAGUAUCGAUAUUCCGGGCAAGACACGGUCGAUUAUGA